AUGACCGGUCUAGUGAAGAUUGAGCAAAGAGCUGAGAAUAGCUGGCAGAAGGCCACUCAGGAGCUGGGACUUGUACUGAAACAAGGAUACUUGGAAAAGAAAUCCAGAGACGCCAAAAUCUUUGGCUCAGAAUGGCAGAAGCGAUGGUGUGUCCUCGACCAGAUGGCCUUCUACUACUAUGCAAAUGAAAAAAGCAAGCAACCCAAAGGCAUGUUCCUAAUCGAGAACUACCGUGCCCGGCUGGCUUCCUACCUACGCAAGGAUGCCCGAAGAGAUUGCUGUUUUGAACUGAUGUGUCCUGGCAAGCGUACCUAUGAGUUCACAGCUCCCAGCCCUGAAGACGCCAAGGACUGGGUGGAUCAGAUCCUGUUUCUGCUUAAGGACAUGAGGUCCCUUGUUAUCCCUUGUGAGGAGGAUGUCAAAGAAGAGACCUAUGAUGACAUUGACAGUUUCGAAUCUUCAAAUACGAUACUUCAGAAGAAUUCUUCUCGGAACAUGGAGAACGAGGAGGAUGAGGAGGACGAGGAGACCGAGGAAGAAAGCAAAGAGGGCAUUUAUGAAAUCCUGCCAGAUGAGGAACUUGGCUUGACUGCUCCAGACAACAUCGAAGAUGCUGACGAGUUGGAGAAGACAGGCGGCUUAGUAAGAAGUUACGCAAAUUACUACCAAGGCCUGUGGGACUGUAUUGGUGGCCAACCUGAUGAGCUGUCCUUCCGGCGAGGAGAUCUGAUCUACAUCAUCAGCAAGGACUACAGCAUGUACGGCUGGUGGGUCGGAGAGCUGAACAGCGUGGUGGGGAUUGUCCCAAAGGAAUACCUCAUGCCGGCCUACGAUGUGGAAGACGCAUGAGCAGCAGAUCUCCGGGGGUCCCAUCUCUUCCCAUCACC